ACGAGUAUAUGUGCCCAUAGGGUCGUUUAUGACCCGCUGAAAAAAUGAACUUCUCGAACUGAAAACGAAAAUCUACUAGUACUAGCCUUAUAUGUGAUCAUUCAUACAUAACAUACAUAAAUAUUAUAAAAAUCGGUGUUAAAAAAAGUUCUGAGCAUAUAUGGGAUAAAGAUAAUUAUAAUAAUCGUUCAAAUAUCAAUGAUUUGUUGUAUGAAUAUCUGUGGAGAAACGAAGUAGAUAGGAAGAAAAGUGAUCCUUUUGAGGAAUUAAUCACCGUUGUAAAUUAUUCAUUUAAUAAAUGAAAUAUGUUAAUAUAUAUUGUGGUUUCAUUUUAUAACAACCUAGAAAUAUAUAGCAAUGUUAUUCCUCUUAGUAUACAAGAGCGAGUGAAGCGAGCUCGAGACUUAGGGCACCCCGACUCGGACAGGUUAGGUUAGAAGGGGAUGGCGGGGUCUGCAAGACCCCGCCAUCCCAAAGCGAGGUGUGGUAUCAAAUUCUACGUCCUCACAACUGCGAGCGGUUAUGUCCUUGAUAUGAUAAUGUACCGUGGUAAAGAUGCAUCUGCUGAAACAGGCAAGAAAACUCAAAAUAUCGUGCUGAAAUUAUUGGAACCAUAUGUGCUCAAAGGUCACCAUGUUUUCAUGGAUAAUUUUUACAAUUCAGUAGAGUUGUCGCAAAAGUUACUUGAUUUGCGGACACACUCUUGUGGGACAUUGAGAAAAAACCGUAAAGGCAACCCAAGGGUACUAACAAGUCUAAAACUAAAAAAACUAGUAGUAAAAAUUUACGACUAGUAAAGUCGAAAAAUUGAUGUUCCUAAAUGUAAAUAUGAACCCUAAUAGGUUUAAAUAAAACGAAGAUUUGAAACGAAAAAAGUGAUUUUGGAAGUUAUAUCCAGCUCUCAUAAAGUCGAUUUAAACAAGUUUGCUCAAUAUGGGUAUGAGACUGCGAAGAUGUACAUUGAUUUAUAUCCCUGGCAUCCCAUGACUCCCACAAUGCAUAAAAUAUUAAUUCAUGGCGCAACUGUUAUGGAAAAUGCACUUUUGCCUAUAGGUUUACUGUCGGAAGAAGCAGCAGAAGCGCGUAAUAAGCAUAUUCGACGGUACCGGCAGGAUUUUGCUAGAAAAUUUUCUAGAGAGAAAUGCAAUUUAGAUGUGAUUAACAGAUUAUUGCUCAGCUCAGAUCCGUUGUUAUCUAGCAUAAGACCAAAACCUAAAAAGAAGGCUACGUCACAUAGUGAAGAAGCAAAACAAAUGCUUAUGUCUGCUGAGGCCCACACUACUGAAGAGGAUUCCUUGGAUGAGGAAACUGCCGCAGAAGAGUCUGACAGUGAAAUAGAAGGAUUUAACUCAGGUGAAGAAACGUGGGACUCCUUAUCGUAAAAUAAAAAGUUCUAUAUUGAAUUUUUACAAUAAACCAAUAUUACUGUCAUAAACAAUUGUGUUUUACUUGAAUAUAUGUUCAAAAAAAGCUUUUAUAAUUGAAAUAAAAUAAUAUUUAACUAUUUAGAACACUUGAAACACAGAAAAUAAUUUUGACCGCCUAAUUUGAAUAAAUGCCCCACCGUGCGUCGACUAGUACCCAAUUGGUUCAGUUACUAUUUUAUUUUGUGUUGAGAUCAAAAAUAGCAAAAACAUUAUAAAUUAGAGGCACAAAAUCCGAAAAAAAAACAAUUAUACAAAAAAUCUUAAUUUUAUUUAAAAAAUAAUCAUAAUCCUAUAUCUCAAUAUGGGUAAGGUUUGGUGGGGUGUUUCAUAGUCAAAUCAGCUAGGAAUGAUGUAAACUACAAGCUCUAAAAGGAUCUAGGUCGACUUAACCAGUAACCCUGUAUUUCCUAAGUCCCAUAUGAGGGAAACGGAACGCAAGAGGAAGUGUAAGAGAGAGUGCUAUGUGUGUGAUGGAGAGAGUGCUAUGUGUGUGAGGGAGAGAGUGCUAUAUGUGUGAGAGAGAGUGUUAUGUGUGAAAGAGAUCCCAUCAUAUAGAUGGUUGGCAGGCCACAACUGGAAAGCAAGACAAAGGAAUGUAUGUUCUGCAAAGAUGGUGUUUUCGCUAUGGAUAUAACGAAGUUUAGCGGCAACGACGGCGACACUUAUUCCUCCGCAAAAUGGGCACAGGAUAUUGAGGAUGAUGCUGAUAUAUUCGGAUGGACUCUGCAACAACAAUUGAUAAUCGCCCGCAGAUCGUUGACGGGGACAGCGCAAUUGUGGCUCAUGACGGAGAAGGUGCACCAAAACUAUGAAGAACUGAAGGCGGCGCUUCUCAAAGAAUUUCUAGAUACCACCAAUUGCAAAGAAAUACACAUUUGACGUGUAAAAGUGUUAUUUUAUAACCUAUUUGCAAAAUAAAUAUCAUUUAUCAUUUUAUCUUGUUUGUGUAUUUCAUUCAAAACGAAAUCCACAAGGAUUUCAUACACCACCUGAGCCAGAAUAAAUGUCCAGGAAAAUGCUUAUUGAUUUUUGACGGCGCUUCUUCUCAUAGAUGCCAGAAUCGUUGAUGCCAUCAGGCUAUGACAUAUUGCAAUAUUGUUUACCGUCUAAUACGACUCAUGAGCUUCAGCCACUCGACAAAUCCGUUAUAAAUAUGGGCAGAUAAUAAUUAUAAAUAUUAUCUGCCCCGGGAAGCUCGGGUUUGUGAUGAACAUUUGACGGCCAAUACGUGGGAUACGCUAUUCGACUCCCCGAAUAGUUAUUCAACAAUAUUCAGCAGAUACAACAUGUAUUUUUGUCAAACAGUGUUACCAAUUUUGUAAGACGACCUCCAUCUUCACGAAAAACUGACCUAAUUGACAAACAGGUGGUAGCCAUGGUGACGUAAACAGCUCCAUUCUUCGAGUCUAUGAUUGGUUUACUAUUAAUAACUUGGCGCUUAAUGAGAAAAAAACCAAAUGUAUUAAAUUUUGCUUGCCAAACGUACAAAAUAACAAAUGUUAUGUUGCUUUGAACGGACAAAAGUUGGAAUUUGUUAAAGAGACUAUAUUUUUGGGCAUCACACUAGAUGACAGAUUACAAUGGGGGCCCUAUAUAAAAGCACUUUCGGGGAGACUAAGCUCAGCUGCUUAUGCAGUUAGACAGAUAAGCAGCUGACGGACGUAGAUACGGCAAGGCUUGUUUAUUUUAGUUAUUUUCACAGCAUAAUGUCAUACGGCAUUUUGCUGUGGGGGCGAGCCGCGGAUGUAGAAUCAUCAUACAUCCACUUUAACGCACAGGCAGUACCGCUAUGCGUUAGCGGAUAGACUGUGCAAGCAAUUUCCCAGGGCUGAGCUAGCACGUGCAACGUGUUCAAGCUUUGCUACCAGCUGAUUUUGAACCUAGAGUGAGAUUUUGUAGAGAUGUUAAGACUACACAGAGAGGAUCCGCAGUUUUUCAACAAAGUGUUAUGGUCGGAUGAAUCAAAUUUUAGAAGAAUGGGAAUUUUUAACAUUCAUAACUUACACUACUACUCCAGAGUGAACCCACAUAUCAUCAGAAAUGAUCGAUUCCAGCAUCAGUUUGGUAUAAACAUGUGGGCUGGUAUCAUUGAUCAGAAGCUGGUGCUACACGAAAUGCCACCAAGGUUGAACGGUGCAGCGUAUUUAAAUUUUUUACAAAAUAAUUUGAACCCGAUACUCGACGAAGCUGAAGUUCCGGAAGAAAUAAGAGAAGAGAUGUGGCUGCAACAGGACGGCGCCCCGCCUCAUUACGCUCGAGCAGUUCGACAACACCUGAAUGACCGCUUCCCCGACCGGUGGAUUGGUCGAGGCGGAGCUAUUGCAUGGCCACCCCGGUCGCCCGACCUUAAUCCGUUAGACUUUUUUAUUUGGGGCUAUUUCAAGGAAGUGGUAUACCAAAGAGAGAACAACACUGAACAAGAAUUACGACAAAAGCUCGAGUCUGCAAAAGUACAAAUUAUGAAUAACAGAGGUGCCUUCCGCCGAUUAGGGCUUGUACACGCUAAGAAAAAACGCCGGGCAUACCUAAGAAUUCGUGUCGUAACUAGAAAAUAAAGCCCCGGAUACACUAGGGAACAUUUUGUCCCGCAACAUGACGCGCAACACAAAAUAUACGUGACGCUGCAACGUUGCAUAGUGUCCCGCAACAUGACCCACAACAUUGUACGUGACGCGGGGCAUGUUGCUUGCUCCCGCCUCGAGAGCGAGCGCACGUGUCUCGCGUCAGUGUUGCGCCAUUUGUCACUGAGUGUAGUCGCGUACGCAACGUGCCUUUAAAAUGUCUGUAGUGUGGGGAAAUGAUACCGUGCUUUUGCUUAUAGAGCUUUACGAAAGUCGUGACUUGUUGUGGGAUACUUCACACCGUGACUAUCGAAAUAAAAUAAAGAAAAAUGAUGCAUGGGAGGAUAUAGCCAAGGCGCUUAAAUUGCCUAGAAAAGAAAUAGAAACCAAAGUUCAUACCCUGCGUUCGCAAUUUGUCCGAGAAAGGAAGAAAGUGAAAUCGUCAAAAACUACUGGUAGUGGACGAGACGACGUGAAGUCCAGUGCAUGGUUUGCGUACGAUGCAAUGAAAUUUUUGCUAAAGGGAGCCACAACUUCUGGAAGCUUGGACACUUUGGACACAAACAGUCCACAAAGCCAAAACGCGAUUUCGUCUCCGGAUGAAGAUGUCGUUCUACAUUCUCAAUCUACCGUUCCGGAAUUUCAAUCUCCUCAUCAACUAGAAUCGCAAUCUACCAUUGAUCAAGCAGAGCAACCCACAACCCCUGCACCAACACCUUCAUCGUCGCGACCAACUCGGAAGAGGAGCCACCCAGAUAGAUUGGAGGAGGCUUAUGAAGUUCUGCAUGCUGCUAAAAACAGAAUGAUGUCCCGAGAUGAAUUCGAUGUUUAUGGACAGUACGUAGGAACUGAGUUACGUGCAUUAAAUGACGAACACAGUGUAAUUAUGGCUAAAUAUUAUAUUAAUAAUAUUUUAUUAGAUGCACGCUUAGGAAAAUACCGUACAAGUUAUAAUAAUCAAAGCCAGUCAGUUGUUCAACAGGGCUAUAGCACUGCAUCCAGUGAUAUUAGCCCCGAGCCUUCUGAAGAGCAUAUUAUACAAAACAUACUUGCAAAUAUGGAUUCCUCGAGCACUAAUAGCAUUGAUGGCACUAAUACUAAUUAAUUUACGUUGAUCGCUAUAUCCAUCUUGUACUCUUUAAAAUUUAUUUUACUGGAGAUUAAAAUACAAUUAUAAAUAAAA